AUGAAUACGUUAACUUAUGGGGGAAGACCGAAAGAUGAUAUGCUUGACGAGGGAAGAGAGAGGGGGAAGGGCAAAGGGGAGGAGAAGGGGAAAGGGAGAAGAGGGGUGGCGGGAGGUGGCAUUGAAGGAGGUGUUGGUGGUAGAGCUGAUGGUGGUGCUAGAGUUGGAGGAGGUGCAGGUAGUGGUGGUGCUGCUGGUGGUGGCGUUGGAGGAAGUGCUGGUGGAGGAGCAGGUGGAGGUGCUGCUGGAGGAGCAGGUGGUGGUGCAAGAGGUGGAGCUGGUAGUGGAGUUGGGGGUGGAGCAGGCAGGAGAGUAGGAGGAGAGGCUAGUGGAGGCAUUGGUGGUGGUGCCAAAAGUGGAACAGGUGGAGGCGUGGGAGGAGAGGCUGGAGGAGGCCUUGGCGGAGGUGCUGGAGGUGGGGCCGGUGGCGGAGUAAGGGGUGGAGCAGGCUGCGUUGCUUGCAUACACUAUCAGUGUUAG